AUGUCAACUACUAGUCAACAUGUAAAGCCAGUUUUUCCAUAUAUCAGUGACACAGGCACAUGGCCACCAGAAAGCUGUAUAUUUUCUUUGAUGCUUUUCAUAUUUUCGAUAAUAAUGGGCGUUCUCUAUUGUGUACGGUUCAAACAAGUCCAAAUAUUUUGCGAGAACCUGCCGGAAAAAACGAAAACUUCAAUUUUAAAACUGAACAAGACAUCUCUUUGGUUCGGCUUUGCUUCUUGCUUCGGCCUGGUGUUGGUAGCAAGUUUCCAAGAAACGAAUUUAAUGUGGGUUCACAUGCUGGGUGCCGGGAACGUGUAUGGUGGAGGUUGUAUUUACCAAUGGCUACAGACAUUUUUAUCUUGGAAUUUAAACCCUCAAGGACAGAAGACAAAGACGAUAAAUAUCGUCAGAGUAAUAUUGACCUCGAUAUCGACCAUCACCUACAUAAUUUGCAACAUUUUUGGCACCUUGUCUUUGUUAAAAUUUUCAGGAGAUAAUAUAACACUAUGGGAUGCUAACGAUGGUGGUUACAAGUUCCACUUAACCAGUACCAUAACCGAAUGGAUUCUGACAGCAGCAUCCAUGAGCUUCUUUUAUACUUUUACCAAGGAUCUGAAAGAAAUUGUUGUUUGCGAGAUACUCAUGAUACAAAUGGCUUAG